AUGCCCUUCUCCCACCGCAAGCACCACCACACCACUGUCGCUGCUCCUCCCAAGCGCAGAGGUCUCUUUUCACGCCGCCCUGCGCAUCACCAUACCACACAUCACACCACAACCACCACCACUACCGCUGCUCCUCGCCGCAGAGGCCUCUUCUCUCGUCGCCCUGUCGUGCAGCACCACCACCAGCGCAAGCCCAGCCUCGGCGACAAAAUCUCCGGAGCUCUUCUGAAGCUUCGCGGUAGCCUUACCAACCGUCCUGGCGUCAAGGCCGCUGGAACUCGCCGCAUGCACGGAACCGACGGUCGUGGCUCUCACCACCACCAUUACUAG